AUGCUGCUGCCUGGAGAGAAAGCAACCAGGCAGAUAAGGACUCUCCUGCUUGAGAACCAUCUGUGGAAAGCUGCAAGAGACUCAGGUAACAUGGAUGGAAACGUGGUGGAUGCUUGUGGGGAAAAAGAAGAUGAACAAAUAGUUGCAGAAAUCAUGAGGAGACGUUUUUUUCCUGCUCUUAUAACUCAUAAGGCCUGGGAAGGCUUUCACUUUGCUGGCCAUGAGAUAAGAAUUUCAGAAACCACUGAUUGUUAUGGAGCAGUUGUCUGGCCAUCGGCCCUUGUUCUGUGUUAUUUUUUGGAAACUAAUACUAAACAAUACAAUUUGGUUGACAAAAAUGUGAUUGAAAUUGGAGCUGGAACUGGGUUGGUCUCCAUAGUAGCCAGUUUGCUGGGUGCCCUUGUGACUGCCACAGAUUUGCCAGAGCUACUGGGAAACCUGCAACACAACGUUGUCCAAAAUACAAAGCAGAAAUGCAAGCACCAGCCUUGUGUUAAAGAGUUGUCUUGGGGAAUUGAUCUGGAGAAGAACUUUCCUAGGUCUUCCUGUCACUUUGACUACAUUAUGGCUGCUGAUGUAGUUUACCACCAUCCCUUCCUGGAAGAACUCCUCCUAACAUUUGAUCACUUGUGCGAGAAUGAUACUGUUAUUCUGUGGGCUAUGAAAUUUAGGUUGGAGAGAGAGAACCAAUUUGUGGACAGGUUUCAGACACUGUUUGACUUAGAGAUGAUUUCUAAUUUCCCUAGUUUGGACAUUACCUUGUAUAAAGCAAUGAGGAAAGGCAGGAUGAAAGCCAGACUUUCUAAACUGUUCUGA